UUAAAUAAAAAAAGUAAAUUAUUUUCAAUAAUUGCUAGUUCUACACUACUUUGUACUCCAUAUUUAGACAUUGAAAUGAAUACUAUUUAUAGAUACAUCCAUAAGAAAAAAAAAAAAAAAAGGUCCAUAGAAUUAGAAUUUAGAAGGUGCAGAGAGCAGUAUAAGAAGUUAUUGCUAACGUACUAUUAUACUGAACCUGACUCCAUUGAUUGCAAUUUCAGAGAAAAAAAGAGAAAGCAAUAACAGAAACAUAAACAAAAAAAGAAAGCAGAGGCAUGACAGGAAUAUCAGAAGUGUUGUAUCAGCUGUACGCUAAAGCAAUAGUGCUAUUAGCAUACAUGCUCAUAGAACUUGUCCUUCUUAUUCAGUACCUCAAAUCAGACAAACGCAGCAGCACCACAAUCACCACCACUCAGUAUCUCAGAUUCAUUGAAGAGAAGAACCCCACAAUUCUCUACACCAAGAGCAUGAUGCAGCAACUGGAUCCUGUUGAAUGCAGAGUGUGCUUGAAUGAGUUCCAUGAAGGUGAUCAAUUGAGGAACCUCAAGUGUCACCACGCUUUUCAUAGGGAUUGUUUGGACAAGUGGUUGCAACAAUCUUUUGCUACUUGCCCUCUUUGCAGGAUCAAGCUGUUACCUGAUUAUGUUGUUGCAAAGUAUCAGAAUAAUAACCAUAAUCAUCAUCAGAACAAUAUUACUGAGGUAGAGUAUUAUGAAGGCAAUGAUGAUCAGCUUAUUCUUUUUUUAUCUUCACUGAGGGGUAGUAAUCGUACAUUGCAUAGAUAUCUCUGAUCAUUCAUAUUUUGUAGAAAUUAAAUUUGUUUUUAAGGUUUAAUAAAUUCAAGGUAUCUCAAAUGUACAGACGGAUUUGGUUAUUCUAAUUACUUAUAGUUAGUAGUUAGUACCCUUUUUGGGAUUCUUAUUUCUCUGAUCUGAAUAUGUAUAUGCUAUUUGUCCUUCUGAUUCAA